CGUAAGCUGUCUGCAGUAUCUGACAAGGCCAGCUAGAGUUACUAUUAGGUGUGAGGCGUCACGAGGCUUCAAGGCAUCUAGGUGCCGAGGCGCGACUCAAGCAUAAACUUGACAAAAAUGAAUAUACGAGGAAGGAACUGGAUUGGAGCAAUUCUGUGUUUGGUCGUUGUUUGCGGAGCUCCUUCAUCAGCUUACCGGCUCGCGGCGAAUCGAGGGCUAUCAUGGAACAGCCUGGCUGCCGGUGCCUCUGUAGAAGCACAAGCAGCGUCAGAGCUCCUGGAGCGGCGGAUAGCGCAGGAGGGGACGACGAACUCGAAGCUGCCACCGGGUUCGUUUGACUUCCCGCCGGAAGGCGCACCCCCAACUGAGCAUGAACCGCAAGCACCUCCUUCGCCACGCGGCCUGCAGCCGAGCCCUGCCAACUCUUCAGCAGCCCCGGACUCUUCCUCACCCAACCCGGCUCCACAGCCCAGCCCUGGCGAGCCUGGCACGCUGCCAGCUGCGGGUGCGCCGCCCCCCGGCUCCAGCCCUUGGGUGAUGCCUGCGCCGUCCUACCCCCCGCCCCCAUACGGCGGUGAGUCCCCGGAGCCCUGCAUCGGCGGCUCGUACGGGUAUGGCGGCUACGCAGUUGCUUACGGCUCGUACGGUUACGGCGGUUACGGCUGCCACACGCCCCCAUCGCCACCGCCGUACGGCGGCUACUACGGCAGCACGCCGCCACCUCCCUACGGCGGCUAUGGCGGUUACGGCGGCUACGGCAGCUAUCCGCCCUCCCCUGAGGUGCAGCCGUCGCCUGAGCCCAGCCCCAGCUCCAGCCCCAGCCCUGAGGGAAACCCCAGCCCCAGCCCGGAUGAGAACGCGCCCUCGCCCCCGCCUGAGCGCUGGACCACCAUCUGGCGCUACCUGGAGGACGUGGUGGUGCCCGACCUGUGGCCCUUCCUGCAGGCCGCCAUGGACGCCAGGCAGAAGGCAUACCUGCAGGACGACCAGGCCAGGUUCACGCUCUUCGUCCCGCUGUACGAGGACAUGCUCAAGGACGAGCUCAUUCUGUCCAUCUUCGCCAACCCCGCCGACCCGCGCAACGCCAUGCGCCUGAACCGCCUCAUGGCCUACCACCAGGUCCUGGACGUCACCAUCUACCCCCAAGACCUGCAGGACAACAUGACGCUAACCAACAUGCUGGGCGAGCAGCUGCACAUCACACAGAAGCUCACAGAAGACACCAACGAGUUCUACGUGGACGGCGUCAACAUCGCGCGCUGGCAGGUGGGCGGCCGCGGCAUCGUGUACUGGCUGAACGGCGUCAUCCACGAGCCCGUGGCGCCCAGCCCACCCGUGGCGGGGCCCAACCGCUUCGGCACACUGGGCGAGGCGCUGACCUCGCUGCCGCAGUGCUCCAUCAUGUCGGCCUUGUUUGCGGGCGUGUCCGCUGACCCCGCCUACGGCCCGCUGGUCAACGCGCUGCUGGCCAACCCCUUCACACUGCUGGUGCCCACAGACACGGCCAUCGCCACCUUCCUGGCGGGCAUGGGCCUGGGGCCCUCCGACCUGCUGACCAUGGCCCCGGAGGCGGUGGCUGCCAUCGUGGCGCCGCACCUGGUGGUCACCGGGGACGCCUUCCUGCCCGCCGCCCGCCUCACGCCCGGUGCCGCCGUGGUGACCGGCCUGCCGCCCGUGCUGCCCAGCGCCACACUGGUGGUGCAGGCGGCCGCGGAGCCGGGCGCGCUGCCGGUGCUGGCCUAUGAGGACGGCGGCGCGCCGCCGCUGCACGUGCUGGUGGCGGACGUGUUUGUGCGCGCCGAGGGCGACCCCACGGAGGCGGUGGUGCACGUGGUGGACGCGGUGGUGACGGCGCCGGCUGGCGGCGCGGGCCGGCGGCGGCGCAACCGUCGGGCGCUGUCUUCGCACUGAGCGAGGGAGAUUGUUAUGUAGAGAGGGGGAGGGCAUUGUGGCCGCGGCGUGCUGAGUGCGUUUCGUUUCCGCGUGUACAAGCAGGAUGGCGUGGUGCAAGUGGAAUGGCGUUGUGACGGGGGUCGUACUACUGGAGUGGGCUCACGUGGAAUGGGCUCACGUGUUUGGAGCGCCGCUGAAUGGACGGGCUACGCAGUGGUAGCCCGAAAGUGGUCGCGCAAAUGGAGACUGACGAGGCUGUGGGAUUGCGUAAGAGGUCGGGUCGUGCGAGGGUCUUCACAGGCCACAAGUGGUGGGGGGCCUGGCGCGAUGUAUGUGUCUGGCAAUUUGGGGCACUAUGUUUGGUUAGCGUUGUGGGUAGAGGAUUUCCUGCUGUUUGGUUUAUUGCUGGCUGUGCUUAUGCUUUGCAGCGGGACGUGGCUGGACGCAUGGCGGGCCGUGCCUGUACGCACCGACCCCGGCUAUGUCCGAGAGAUGAGCCAGGUAGACGCUUGCGGCCUCACCGCCUCAAACUGGAGACCUGGCGUGGGCCCAGCCCACUUUUCCCAUGCGAGGGAAAAUCACUUCCUUGUCAGUUACCGGAGGCAGCAGGAGGGGCCCAACAGUUUGCAUUUGUGUGCAUGUGUGUGGGAUGGUGGGUGGGGGGGUGGGGGGGGGAGCCUGCCACCUGUGUGCGUAUGCGUGACGUACGGCUGCACUGUGCACCCGUUUGGUCGGCGACCGUGAGGUUAGUGCACAUACAUACUGCUGUGCUCAAUGCAUGCUGAUCAGCAAGGCGCGUGCGUGACUUGAAACGAAACACCGCUGAAGUAUGACAACUUUAUUCUACACUACUGGGGCACUAUAGCCACGGUAGCAGGGGACUAGGGGAGCAUUAUUUGAGGGGGCGUGAAGUGGACGCAGCAUGUCAUCGGAACGCCCUGUGCGUCCGCGGAGCAUUGUGUAGUUAAGUGUCUGUAAAAACUUCACUUCUGUGAGUUGCACGCUGUUGGACAGUGCGGGGCAGCAACUGUGGCAAACGAAUAGCACGGACCCCUGCAGGCCUGUAAUACGGAUGAAUC